AACCGCAACAAAGCCAAACGCAUGCGCAGAUGCUGGAGUACAUUUCCAUUGCACUUAUUAUUGAGACAUUGUAAAUUGUGGGUUUCUGUGAUACUGGUCUGAUCUUUUUACCGAAACAAGGGAUGAACUUGGAAACUGUCCUGCUGCUCGAGACGGUCAACUUCGCCGCCGAGAAACACAAAACCCAGCGGCGCAAGGACCCCGAGGCCACCCCUUACAUCAACCACCCCAUCGGAGUCGCCAGAAUUUUAAGUUAUGAAGGUGGAAUCACAGACAUUACAGUCUUGCAGGCGGCACUGCUCCACGACACAGUGGAGGACACAGACACCAGCCUCCCCGAGCUGGAUGCUGUGUUCGGGGCCACAGUGGCACGGAUCGUUCAGGAAGUGACGGAUGACAAGGCGCUGUCCAAACAGGAGAGGAAGCAGCUGCAGGUCGAGCAUGCUCCUCACUGCAGCCACCAGGCCAAGCUGGUCAAGCUGGCUGACAAGCUGUACAAUCUCAGGGACCUGAACCGCUGCACCCCCUCCGGUGAGACUGCCCGCACGGGCACCCCCUCCGGCUGGACUCCGCAGCGUGUUCAGGAGUAUUUCACCUGGGCAGUGCAGGUAGUGAAGGGGCUCCGGGGGACAAACGCUGCCUUGGAAGAGAAGCUGUACCAGCUCUUUAAAGAGCGAGGCAUUGAGACUUGACCAGCAGAGGGAGCCAGAGAAAAUCUGUCAAUCAGAACCAUGAACAGAACACAACAGAACACACAGCUUUUCUUUCAGGUUGAUCGGGGGGAUAAAGACUUGGGUUUCGCUUUGGUUUAUACAUUUAUGUGAAUAAAAAAAAAAAAAUGAUGUGAUUUUUGUCCUGAUGCCUGGUUUAAUUAAAGACUUGAUCAUCUAAUUUCA